AUGGUUGAAUGCAGUACCCAACACAACUUGAAAGAACAGCAGCUCGAUCUCGGUUAUCUUCAGCAGAUAUUGGCAGCUGCAGACUCGGCAUUCGACAAUGCGUUAUACCCAAAGGCUCUUGGACACUACCAAUCGGCUAUGCACGACAUUGACACGAUGCUCCCCUUCAAGAUUCACAUGCAAUGUGCGCGUGCCCAUCAGGCGGUUGGUGAACUGAAGCUUGCUGUUGACGACGUUCUCAAGGCUAUUGGACGUUAUCCUAUCGAACCUCGUGGUUAUUUGCUUGCAGCAGACUUAUAUCUCAAACAAGACAUGCUCAGGGACGCGUUGUUAAUAUGUGACGAGGGGUGUGCCAAUGCGAAUGUCGAUAUGGCAGGAUACAAGGAUUUACAAUCUAUGAGACGCAAGGUGUUACACUAUGUGCUUGUACGCAAUAGCUGGAUCAGCGAGCGGCUAUCAGGGGAAAUCAUCGAUCAAAUAUUGUCAUUGUUACCCAUCAAGUCCCAAGUGCAGUUGGCAAUGACAUGCAAGCAUUGGAAUACGUACGUUUUCAGAUUUUGGCCGGGUUUAUGGAAUACGGUGCGAUUGACUUGUCUCGGUGAUCAAAAGGAGCGUUUGCUAUCAACCAUCCCUGGUCACAAAGUACGACAUUUGAUUAUUGAUGCUGGAAUGCCUUGGAAUGCACGCAAGCGGCUCGUUACCAACAAAUGGAAUCAACUAGAAUCAUUGGUUUAUGCUGAAAGGGAUGUGGCACCAUGGGAUUGGUUUCAUCAGCUGGUGGAGAUGAACAAGACGACAUUGAAAAGAGUGGAGCUUUAUGAAUCAGAGACGGUGCAAUAUUCCAAAGGGUGGAUGUACCUGGUUUUAAGUGCAUGUCCAAACCUUGAGACUUUUCGUUGUGUUGGAUACAAGGACUCUAGCAAUGGAUCAGUACUCAUGCCAACAUCCUCAAUAUCACUUGCCGACUACCAAUUGCUUGCAUCAUUGACGAUCCCACUUGUUCGGAUAUCAGCAACAUCACCAUCCAUUGCUCAAUGCAUCCCAGAGAUAUUGCUCCAUUGCCCUUAUUUGGAAGAGAUCAGCUUCGAUGACUAUGAAAUUGGAUCAAAUGACGAUGACGAUGAUACCAACAACGAACGGCUCUUGUGUCGAAUGUUGACAGCCAUUGAUCGACAUUGUCCGAUGAUUAAAAAGGUCGAAAUCAAUCCACAACCAUCAACUUACGAGCACUGGCAUCCGACAACGACUUCAUCUGGUUUACAAUCGCUUUCAUUCCAGCUAUCGACGGAUCAUUACAGAGACAACCAAAGUGACCAGGCUUUAACAUCAUUUAUCGAGCAGCAUCACACAACACUUGGGAGGAUAUCAAUGGUGCACAAUGGAUUGGUGCCUUGGUCAAUGAAUGAUGGUCGUCCCAUGCGAUAUUUACAGCGAUUGAGUCAACUUGAUAUUCCCAGAGUGCGUGAUUUAUGCAUUGCUCUACAAGAUGACGGGCAUAUGAGCGACUCCGAUAUCAACCAAUUAUCACUAUCGAUCGGCACGGUGAAUUCCAUCAUUCAAAAAUGCCAUUCGCUUGAAUAUCUUCAAUUGAUCGACUGCUUUGCCGCUGAGGUGCUUCAAACCAUCGCCGAUAAGCUUGAUCGACAACGUUUACGCGUAUUACGUCUGGUGAAUCAUGAAACGGAUAAAUGCGAGCAACGUGCAGGGAAUAAAAAGCAAUAUCGUGGUGCGGCUAUUGGCUCAUUGUGCCGUGUCUUUGAGGAUCAUACAAUGAAACUGCUCUCUAUUGUCGAUCUUGAUAUGGGUCGUUGGGUUGAUAAUCGAGUACUCAGGGCCAUCGGACGUUACGACAAGCAGCAACAACACGUACUUACUCGGUUACGUAUUGGGAAAGGGAACAAGAUUACAACGGGUGGACUUUUAGACUUCGCCGAGGAUAUGCGACAAUCUCAACUGACACACCUCUCGAUUGAUCUUUGCAAUGACUCUACCAAGAUGAUCGAUAUACUCGUAUUUUCCACGCUCCCAUACCUUACCAAUGUCGAUAUCACCGCCAACUGCAAAUAUCGCCGUGUACGAAACACCGUUGCUCGAUUUUUUCCAGCUAGUCGCAACACAUUGCGUUUGAAGAUAUCCUACGCCUCGCCCUGGGCCACCAGCGAAGAAGAUCGUCUAGUAUAUACAUGCAUUGAGACUGAUCAGGAUACAUACACGAUUGAGAUACUUGUUGAAUCAUCCGACUACUAUCAAAUGAUCGUCAAUCUCCAUGGUGAGGUAAAGUUUGAAGAACUGUACCCUGGUGAUAGUAGUGAUAGUAAUGAUGGUAGUGAUGGUAGUGAUGGUAGUGAUGGUAGUGAUGGUAGUGAUAGUGGUUAUUAA